AUGAAGCAGAAGAACUGUUGGUGUGAUCUUCUACAGUUCAGCGAGCACCCCAGCGUUUCCAUGAAACUGGAUCCAAUCUUCGAAGACCAGGAACAGGCCGAACAAGGAAACAUUCUAAGUAAGGAUAUAGUAAGGCAGCGUCUGGCUGAAGCAAAUUUAAAGCCGUUAAGACCUCCAAAUGGCCCAAAACUAGAAAGACACCACAGAAAUUUAAGUGUGCGGUGUUCUACUCGCGAGUUGGUAAUUACGUUAGCAACAAAACUCGCUUCUGAUAACAAUGAUUGUGAUAUGGAAAAAUUAAGACUUAAUAAAAUCGUCCCUAAUCUUAUGGAUAUCUACUUUGGUGAU